AUGGCCUCCCGUCUCGCCCUCAGCACCCUCCGGGGCGCUCGCGUUGCCCCCCGCGCCAUCCUCCAGGCUCGCAACUACGCUUCGCGUGAGUACCCCGAUCGACUCGAACGAACCCGAACGAUUCGCGCCACCCAAAGAUGGAAGGAAGAGACUGGAAGCGAGAGAGAGAUGGAAGACUGGAGAAGCGGCGGAUACACUUCAGUGCACGCCAAACGCACCGGCAUCGAUCUCGAGCACGGCAAACGUCGCGAUCGCGGUUUUGAAGUUCUCUGGGGCUGUCAACAAGCGCAAAACGAGAUCGAUGUCGAUGUGUUGGCGAUCCAGCCCUCGCCUGACGAGAAGGCGUCGGAGAUCAUCAACAAGGUCCCCUCGUCUUCGCUCUGGUCCAAGACUGGCGGUAUCCUCCUUGGUACCGGUCUGACCGCCGCCGCCGUCUCCAACGAGCUCUACGUCGCCAACGAGGAGACUGUCCUGUUCGUCGGUUUCCUUGUCAUCCUCGCGGCUAUCUCCAAGUCGAUCGUCGCCCCUUACAACUCUUGGGCUGAGGGUCACAUCGGCCGCAUCCGCGACAUCCUCUACAAGGCCAAGGACGGCCACGCCUCGUCGAUCAAGACCCGUCUUGACUCGCUCGAGUCGCUCAAGGACGUCGUCCCCCUCACCGAGCAGCUCUACAACGUCUCCAAGGAGACUAACAAGAUCGAGCACGAGAACUUCCUCCUCCAGCAGGAGUCCGCCAUCAAGGCCGAGGUUAAGGCCGUCCUCGACUCGUGGGUCCGCUACGAGCAGCAGCAGCGUGAGGCCGAGCAGCAGGCUCUCUACAAGACCGUCACCUCCAACGUCGCGUCUGAGAUCGCCAAGCCCGCCACCCAGAAGGCUCUCCUCGAGGAGGCCCUCACCAAGAUCGAGUCGCUCUCCAAGGCCAAGGAGAUCUAA